CAAAAAAAUAGGGCUUAAUCUCGGGUGGCCCUAUGCGCUGACGUGUGUAAAACGUCACGCACCUACAUAAAACCCUGUAACCACGGCUUCCUCUUCUUCUUCAUAAACCCUAGCCUGUUCAUCAAGAAAACAAAACAUCGAUCAACAAUGGAUCCGACUCAAAUUGAUUUCGAAAGGAUCAUGAUCUUCGAACAUGCUCGUAUCACCGCCGAAGCUGCAUACGCCAAGAACCCUUACGAUGCCGAUAAUUUGACAAAAUGGGGUGGAGCUCUGCUAGAAUUAUCACAACUUGGAGAUAUUCACGAAUCAAAGAGCAUGAUUAAAGAUGCUAUUUCUAAGCUGGAUGAGGCUUUGUCUAUUAACCCUGCGAAACACGAGGCUUUGUGGUGCUUAGGAAACGCGUACACUGCGAAUGGAUUUUUAAACCCUGAUCAUGAUGAGGCUCAGAUUCAGUUUGAUCAAGCAGCUGAAUGUUUUCAAAAGGCGGUGAAUGAGUGUCCAGGGAAUGAACAUUAUCUACAAUCAUUGGUUAACUCUUCUAAGGCACCUGAUUUGCACAACGAGAUCGUCAAACAAGGAGUGUUUAAUCAACCCCAACCGUCUUUAGGCGCAGGACCUGCUGCUUCAUCAAAGGCAAAGAAACCUGCGAAUAAGAAGAGCAGUGAUUUGAAGUACGAUAUAUGCGGAUGGAUAAUUCUUGCAGUUGGAAUUAUGGCUUGGGUAGGUAUGGCCAAAUCUCAUACGCCACAAUAAGAAUUUCUUUUGGUCCCUUUUGUAAGUUGGAAGUUUUUUUUUAACAUUAGAGAAGAAGUUAUAUGUUAUUAGACUAUUCACACAUGGUUAAGAUUUGUAUCAUUUGCGCGUCUUUUGAGAGGUUAUACCGCACAAUGCUAAUCAUGAAUGUGCAGUUCUUAAUGCAAUUAGCUCA